AUGCCGUCUGGUCCAGCAGGUCUUGUGCUGGUGGGCCACCGCUCUGCCCAUGCCCCGGCCCAGGAGUGCACAUGCGCAGACUUCCCUCUGGGCGACUGUGUGGGCGACGCGCGCCACCUGCUGGCCAACGUCUGCAUCCCCGGUGCCUCCCGCCCAUGCGACCUUCCUUGGGCAGAGCCGGAUGGGCGGCCUGGGCACCAGCCCAUCAGCUGUAAGGGGCGCCUAGUGGCCCCCCUGGCGGCUCUGGGCCUGAGGGCAGUGGGUCCUCCUAGUGGUCACCUGGGCCCUGACGGGAGGGAGUGGUCAGCGGCUGUGGUCGGCCCGGGCAUCGUGUCUGGGGUCUCAGAACCGAGGCCGGGACGACAGCUGGGUUCAGGCCGGGGCCUCCCUGGCCUGCCAGCGGCGGGCACCGGAUGUGGGCCCUGGGCUGACGUCUUUACUGAGUGCUUGCGUCAGGAGGUGCCCGCGGCCGGAAGCCGGCGUUUAUGGCCCGGGCGGGCCAGCGGCGGCUCUGAGGGCCGUGACGUCACCCGGCCCAGGCCAGUGGGCGGGGCUGGACGGACGCCAGGCAGCCGCCGCUCCCUGCCCGGGCAGCUCUCAGCUCGGACGUGCGGACCGCCCCCCGCCGCGCUCUGCCUGAAUUUGGUGGGGACGAUUUGUACCUGGUUCUCUUUGCUGAAUAGCGUUGACUUCUCUGAACCGUCAGCGACCUGCGGGCCCCGGCGCAGCCCCCGUAGAGGGGCCGCGGCCCUGCUCACCCCCCAGCCCUGCCUCUGA